GCAUUUUGACAGUCCAUCAAUUGCGCAUCGCCAGCCGGGCUGUGAGCACAGUUUCUGUCAGACUGUUCCCAGCCAUUCGAUUGUUUUUUCACCUUUGGAAAAAGGGUGGUUUUCCGAGUAUUUCGCGGGCAUAAAGUGUUGGCAGACUCAAGAUGAUCAACAUCGCGACACGCGCAGCCAAUUUGCCGCAAUACCUGAAGGCCACGUCGCAGGUGGUGGCGUCCGGACUGAAGCCAGUGGCUGCUGGUGUCUCGGUCGCCAAGGAUCCCGUGGUGCAGGGCCCCGUGGUGCCCGCCACGAGUGCCACGCUCAACGCCCAGCUGCCCAAGCAUGUGGUGAGCGUGAAGUCAGGCCCAGUCGUGACCACGCAGGUGAGGUUCUCGCACACGGACCUCAGGGUGCCCGACUUCUCGGCCUACCGUCGCGACUCCGUGUCGAAGCCCACGAAGAAGAGCAGCACUUCCGUGGAGGACAGGAACUCCUUCACUUACCUUGUCGUUGGAGGUAGUCUUGUGGGCAGCACCUACGCCGCUAAGGCUCUGGUCACGCAGUUCAUCUCCUCCAUGAGCGCGUCCGCUGACGUGCUGGCCAUGGCCAAGAUCGAGAUCAAGCUGUCGGACAUCCCGGAGGGCAAAUCGGCGACAUUCAAGUGGCGCGGAAAGCCACUCUUCAUCCGCCACAGGACUUCCGAAGAGAUCUCCACUGAGCAGUCUGUGGCCGCGGCCACGCUGCGCGACCCGCAGGCGGAUUCCGAGCGCGUCCAGCGACCGGAGUGGCUCGUGGUGAUCGGCGUGUGCACCCAUCUGGGCUGCGUGCCCAUCGCCAAUGCCGGCGACUUCGGCGGCUACUACUGUCCGUGCCACGGUUCGCAUUACGACGCCUCCGGACGCAUCCGGAAGGGCCCGGCGCCGCUCAACUUAGAAGUUCCCGCGUACACUUUCCCAGACGACGGCACGCUGAUCGUCGGCUAGACGCCAGGAGGACAAGUCCUCCUCCUACCAUCAAACUCUAUAGAACAUCUUUCGCGUGACGGAACUGUCUUAGACGAAAUGUGUAAAUUAUUAUAUUAAAAAGGUAAUUA